AUUAUGACGAAGCGGGUCCUUGUUACGGGUGCUUCGGGGCUCUUUGGAAGAUCCAUCUACAAGGAGUUCCUGAAUGAUAAUUCCUGGGAGACACUGGGACUCGCUUUCAGUCGUGCAAAAGACAAAUUAAAGAAAGUGGAUAUAACCGAUGAAAACCAAGUGAAAGAAGUCAUCAACUCUUUUAAACCAUCAGUUAUAAUCCACAGCGCUGCAGAGAGAAAACCUGAUGCAGUGGAAAAUGACCCUGAUGGCACCAAGAAACUUAAUCUGUCUGCCACAGAAUACAUCUGUCAGGCUGCAAAGGCCAUUGGUGCCUGGGUCCUGUACAUUAGCACUGACUAUGUAUUUGAUGGGACUUCCCCUCCUUACGAAGAAGAUGCUAAACCUAACCCCCUCAACAAGUAUGGACAGAGUAAACUAGAUGGAGAAAAAAUUACACUAGAAGCAUCUUCAGAUAACUCUGUACUGCGAGUACCCAUCCUAUAUGGAGAUAUUGAAUACCUCUCCGAGAGUGCCGUCACGGUGCUGUUUGAGAAGAUUAUGACAGGAUCUGAAUUAAUAGCAUCUGAUUAUGAAAAGAGAUACCCCACCCACUGCGGUGAUAUAGCUGAUGCCAUUAGACAGCUAGCAGACAAAAGGCUACAGGAUCCUGAGAAAGUUUGUGGUGUGUUUCACUGGUCAUCUAAAGAGGAAAUGACUAAAUAUGAUAUGUCUAUUGCCAUGGCCUCAGCCUUCUCAUUGAGUACAGAGAACAUAAAACCUGAUAGAAGCCCCUCCAAGGGGGCACCCCGCCCUUACAACACACAUCUAUCCUGUAAGAAAAUGGAAGCUUUCGUCUCUGGGAGAAGAACACCAUUCUCAGAGGGCAUCAAGGCGGUCCUGCAGCCAUAUUUUAAAAAAUGAGUAAAAUGAACUGGAGACUGGAAUGCUUGAACAUGAAUUUAUUUUCUGCUGGUUGGUUUUAAAUUAAAUGGGUAAAAUUUAUGUAAGUCUUUUUUAACUUGUUAUUGUAAAUAUUGCCUAUGCACAUGUACCUGUCAGACUUGUGAACUUUUUAAAGCUGAAAAUAUAUGGAUAGCUUCAUGUACAUGCAAGUUAUAAAGCUUUGUUUUCCAAUAUACGUUGAACAUGCAUUAGUUGAUCACUCUUGGAAAACUUUGUCUAUGCAUGCAAUAAACAAAAUGCUUUUUCA